AUGACACGUUCGAAAUUAUUUGGUAGUUUACCAGAAAUAUCAUAUUAUAUUAUACAAUUAUUGCAAUAUGAUCUCAAAUCAUUAUAUUCAUGCGCUCUAGUCAAUCGACUUUUAUGUCAGAUUGCAAUUCCCAUGCUUUGGGAAAAUCCUUUUUCUAUCAGACGUCGAGAAGAAAAUCCUUGCAGUUUUCUUGAUACUUACUUUUUAUUUCUAAAUAAUGAUGACAGAUUAAAAUUUAAAAAAUAUGGAAUUACAAUCAAUCCCUCAGUUAAGAAACCUUUAUUCAAUUAUCCCCGUUUUAUUAAAACGUUGGAUACAUUUCGAGCAGAAAUGCACUUGGUUAAUUGGAUAAAUAACCUUGACAUACCUAUCCCCAGUCCCACCAAGGCUCACCCAUAUCCAUACCAUGAUCCAUUGUGCAUGAAACAACCUAGUACGAUCUUUCAUUCAAAAAUUCAUUCAGAAAAUACGAGCUUGAAGAUCAAAGUGAAUUUGCUUGAUGCAGGAAAAGCUGUGAAAUUUACUUGCACUUCACUAUUUAAAAUAUUUAUCAAUAAUAAUGCCUCCAUAAGAGAAUUGAUUAUGAAAUCCAGCAGUUUUUGUGGUUUCUUUUUAUCUGAAAUAUGUGAAAUGAUCUUACGUAAUUCGAAAUUCAUUUCAAAUCUUGAGACGCUUAUCUUUUGCUUUUUCAAACAUCCUAGAUUUAAUUUUCAGUAUUUCUUAGCUUCCUUAUCGUCAUUAACUUGUUCCAUUAAACAUUUUAAAAUUUCCUUUUUCAUUGAAAGAUAUGAAGGGAGUCUUACGGAUAUCAUCACGACACAGAAACAAAUUUCGUCGCUUGCAUAUUACUGUAUACCGAUAAAUUCUUGUCUAUUAGAUUCCUUCAAAUACUGCGUUAACACUUUGACUACUAUGAAGUUUGUGAAUUGUAAUUUUGAAAAUGUACCAUCAUUUGAUGUACUUCAAUAUUUCACAAAACUUCAAUCUCUCUGUUUCGAUAAUUGUGGGGGAUUAGAUAAUCAAGCAUUUCAACCUCUACUUGAUAAUCCCGCUUCAUUAAAAGUUAAAUCUUUACAGUUGGGUGGGAAAAUCUCUGAAUAUUCUUUUUUAUUACAAAAAAUUGGUCCUCACGUAGAAGAUUUAUCGGUAGAAUUAGGAUUUGGGGACAUUGAGAGAUGUGAUAAAGCAUUCAAAAAUAUCAUAACUUACUGUCGUAAGAUUAAAUUCCUUCACGUAGCCUACACUAAUAAUAUGAAUAUCCCCAAAAUGUGUAAAUUAAUCACUCAUAUCAACAAAUAUCUUAAAUAUCUCUCCUUUGAGGUCCUGUUUGGUGUGGAUGAUGAUUGUUCAGAAACUAGUUCGAGCCUUUUAACAGGAUUGGGUACAGCGUUACCAAGUUCAUUAGAAUACUUAAAUUUGGACCUUGUAAUCGUUCCAAUGGAUCUAAAAACUUUCUUUGAUAGUUGUAAGCAUAUUGUUGGUUUAAACAAAUUGUUGGUCAGGAAUAGACAUUAUGAAAGCAUUGAUGAGACGUUUAGCAUUAUAAAGGAAUUUGUGAAUGAGGCAAAGAUAAAAGAAUUUGCUUAUGAAAUUGAAAAUUAUGUUAAGGUUGAAGACCCGGAUUAUCUUAAUUUGGAGGAGUUGGUUCUUGAUGUUCAACCAAAAAGGUAUAGUGAUUUAAUUAUGAGAAUUCCUGGUUUUGAUUGUAAAAACUAG